AUGAUAAGGUUAACCUCGGUAUUGCUCGCUCUCCAAAUUUUUGGUGGAGCUAUGUCAUUUACCAAUAGAGCUGGUGCAAAUAGGGGUCAUACCUUACCGUUCUACAGAAGGGAACACGUCAUAGAUUUAGCCGCUAUCCAGACAGGAUCAUACCAACUUCUCAGAGCUCGUACAGAUUGGAAGUGGGGUCCACGCACUAACGCCGAGGCUAUACUAGGUCUAACUUUGGCUAAUCCCCGUUGGUUCCAAAAGAACAAUGCAGCAACCUACAUUUCUAUACAGGAAAUGAAAAUGGAACUCCUUGCGCAGUUAUCCAUAGACAAGAGGCUUACUGAUGAACGAUGGUCAAAGGGAAAGUUAGCCCAGUACGUGACCGCGCUACAACUAUUAUGCCACAAUCCAUCUAAAUUCUUCCGACAUAAUCUCCUGAGGCGUUUGACUGGGCAUCUGACUAUAUCGGUAGACGAUUUCCGAGAGAACAGAUUUGCCCUUUCCUGGGUCGUUAUUGCACUAUGUAAUAACAACAAGAAAAUUGACAAUACGUCAUUGGAAAUUAUCAAUGAUCAUCCGGGGGAGUAUAAGUUCGGGGUUGAUGAGGCAUCCAUGCUUUUAAUGGCAACAACAUGUUUGAACGAAACAGACGCUAAAUCGUCAGCUGAGCAAUUCAUAGUUGAUGAAAUGAGAGCGAAUAUGUCACAAUAUAACGAGUUUACAAAAGGUCUUGUAGUACAGGCGCUAACAGCAGCUGAAACAGAAAAAGUGGAUGACAUCAUAGAUAUCGCACGGUCGGAUCUCAGAGGAGCUAUAAUGGGAAGUACCUUACUGGAACUCCCUGGGGCUGCCUCCAUUGUCCUUCCGGCGUUAGCUAGAAAAUCCUACCUAGAUGCAAGUAAAGUCGUUUGCCCAAAGAAAGGUAAACGUGUACCGAAGUCAGCAGCCAAAAUUACUGUAAAGAUUAAAGUGACUGAUGACAUUAUAAGUAACACUACCGGCACAUGGAAAGUUAAGGCCAUGAAGGGAUCGAAUCUCCUCACUGCAUUGCAGGACCUACAGAAACAAUCUAGGAGGUUUAGGUUUAAGUCCCUACAAACCUCAUUUGGACGGUCCAUCACCUCAAUAAACGGAAUGACCCAAGACAUUGCCAAUAAAAUAUUCUGGAAGGUAGAGGACGCUUCCGGUGUACCUCUAACUGACGGAGUCAGUCGGACGGUUCCCAAAAACGGAGAUACCUUCAUCUUUCGUUUGACGAAAUUUUGA